GGUGGCCUCGGGCUGCUUGGCCCCCGUCGGCUGGUGCUGCGGGGACGGCAGCAAGCUCGGGAGCUGCAUGCGAACAACCGCGGCGCCGACGUGGGGCGAGGUAGUUCGAGAAAGUGUGGCGGACUGGAUGUUCUAUCUCGACGAGUGACUUCCAGUCGAGGUGGCGGCAUCGGAGCUGCUUUUGCGAGCAGGAGGUGUCUGGACGCGCUGCCGCUGGGCCGCAGUCCCCUGGAGCGCGCAGUAGGUUCGCUUCUCUCUAGCAUAUCCCCGGGGAGCGGGGAACGCCUCCAGGCAGCAGGCUCGGUGCCGCCUGUGGCGGACUGCCUGGAUUGUACAAAGGAGCCGCUCAGUUCCAGCUUCCCACUCAGUGGCAUCGCACCGAACCGCCUUCUAGGUCCCAUUUCGAUCGUCGCGUCCCGUGCCCAUUCGCCGCCGUUCCCCGUGUGACCGCGAUCGGGUUGCUUGGCCUCGUCCUUUUGCAUGACGAUCCGCCUCAGCCAGGCCCGUCGUGAUUACUCGACUCCCCAUGUCCUUGCUCACAUUUUGGUCUCGACUGGAUGUGCAGUCUAUCCGUCGAUAUGUUGCUGGAGAUUUGCAGAACCACGCACAGAGCAGGUGGAGCCUCCAAAUUUUAAGACAGUCGUCGGCACCUACUGGCUGGGCCUUUUUUUGUGCAUACUGUAGAUUAGUUCGUUCAAGCGCAGCUGAUUUUAGUAAGUCGCGCCUCCGCUCCCCGAUGUGCUGGCUCUUUCUUGUCAGACAUGUCAACGUGUUCGCGACGCGGCGUCACGACCACGAUUGGUCGGGCGCCAUUGACGCCCGACCAAUCGUGAAUGGCAGGCAGCUCGCGUACCAAAUCCCUACGGCUCAUCCGCCCUCCUCAUCUUC